UUCGAUAUAUUCAGAAAACACACACAAGAAGGAUCACUGUAACAGAUGAUACAAAAAAGAAUUUAUCUAUUGUUCAAAACCUCGUGACGCAGGUUAUGUUAGAUAUGUUUGUAAACGAUGUAAAUUUGGUGGUAUCUUAAAAUUUCAAUAGAAGAGUUAGAAAUUGUUAAUUACUUUACGAUUCGCCAAUAUAAUGAAUUUAUAAAAAUGCUCGUUAAGUUUGAAAAGAUAAUAAGCUGUUCCUCAGAACAUCCAUCGUACCCUGCUGCUAAUCUUCUUCAAUGUAAUUCAGAAAAUUGGAAGGCCACAUGGCGAUGUGCCAAGCCGGGAGAAAUGCUGGCCCAAGUCAUAUUUCAGUUAGUUGAGCCUUCUUACAUUACGGGAGUUGAUAUUGGCAAUUUUCAGAGUUGUGUAGUAAUUGUCACUGGAUCUACAUCAUCUGAACCAGACAAUUGGAUAGUUAUAGUGAAUCACAAAUUUAUGACAAAUGAUGAAGCAGCCAAUAAUAAAUUCAAGGAUCAAGUACAAUUAUUUACGAAAAGAGAAUUAAAUCCAGAUAUUUUGAAAAUUAAAUUUGAUCGAAUCAAAGUCACUUGCAUGCAAUCGGCAAAUUUAAAAGUCUUGUUUGGAUUGUCAUAUAUUAUUUUAAGAUCAGAUCCUACAGUUGAUUUAGGCUUAGAUAUAUUUGGCAAGUUUAAAUUGAAACAGCCACAUAUCAUGAAGACACCUUUGGAGAUCAUGAAAGAGAGAAUUCUUAAUAAAACGGAAAAUAAAAAGAUAGAUUAUAAGGAUGAGUUACGCGAACAAAUAAAAAGGAACUCAAUAGAAAAUUUUGCUAAAUGUCAAGAGGAGCCUAAACCUAUAAAGAGACCAUUAUUAGAAAAAUUAGAAGCUGGGAAAGCUGAUGAAGUUUUUGGAAAAAAUGAUAAGACUCAGCUGCAUUCAAAAAAUAAGGAUAAAACGUGUACUAAAAACAGCAGAAAUGCAGAAAAUGUAUCAAAUGGAAAAACAGUUGUCACAACUCCUUUUGGAGACACUGUGCCUUUGACAUUCGUUCAUAAAGGUAACAAGAAUGAUACAAAAAAUAUUACUCAGGAUUCUUGUAAAAAAAGGUCUUUAAGCAAAUUGGAGGAUUCAUUAAACACACAAUAUGAUAAAAAGAAAAACAAGUGUUCUAAUUGUUGUAAAGAUUCGCAAGAUCAGUUGUGCAAUACUUGUCAACGAUUACCAGCACCCUCUACUGAAAGUAUUGCUUUAAAAGCAAAUGUUUCUGUAAAAUGCAAAAAACAAUUUAAAGAAUUGUUCAGUGAUGCCACAUUCUCUCUCAGUGGAUAUGUUAAUCCGCAGAGAGAUGAAAUUAGAAGGAAAGCUCUUAGCAUGGGUGCCAAAUACAUACCUGAUCCAAAUACAACUAAUAAAAAAUGUACUUAUUUGAUCUGCGCUUUUAAAAAUACACCAAAAUAUCAGCAAUUUAAAAAUCAUACAAAAAUUGUCUCUCAUGUUUUUAUUGAAGAAUGUUUUGAUAAAAAGAUAAGAUUUCCUUGGCGGCUAUAUGCUUUAGAUCAAAAAGACAAAUCACAACCUGAAAGUGAAGAAGAAAUCGAUGGUAAUCAACCAGAAUCUGUAUAUGAUAUGGAUACUGAUGCUGAAUCUGAUUAUUAAUAUUUAAAUUUAAUUUAACAUUUAGCAAUCCUCGACUUCUUUCUGACAUGAUUAUAUCUUGAUAAUUAUUAAUAAAUAUAUUUUUUUUAUAUAUAUACUUGUUUUUAUGUAGCUGUAUUUUUCAUUUUCUUUCUUUCUAUAGAUAUGCAUAAGGCAUAUCUACAGAAAUAUAAUUUAUUAAUGUGAAAAAUUCAUCACAUAUUGCAUCUGAUUGCAUUCGAUAUCCAAUAUAUGUAUAUACAUAAUAUAUGUAUAUAUGUAAUAAAAUGCCAGUGUACAUUAAGUGUAAUAAUAAAAAUGACUGUAUGCGUGCGUGUGUAUAAGAAAUGUAAUUUAACAGCAAAAGCGAUUGCUUCCGAUACUCGAUAUAUAUAUAUAUAUAUAUAUAUAUAUAUAUAUAUAUAUAUAUAUAUAUAAUGUAAUAAAAUGUUAGUAUAUAUUUUGUAUAAUAAUAAAAAUGACUGUGCGUGCGUGCGUAUGUACAAAAGUAGUGUAAGCGAAAGCGAUUGCGUCUAAUAUCCGAUAUUACGUAAUAAAAUGUCUAUGUAUAUUAUUACGUAAUAAAAUGUCUAUGUAUAAUAAUAAAAACGACUGCGUGCAAAAUGUAA